CACGGCCACGGGGCCUUCAUCCCCGACACCGGCCUCUGCAGCUGCGACCCCAACUGGAUGGGCCACGACUGCUCCAUGGAGGUGUGUUCUGUGGACUGUGGCACCCACGGAGUGUGCAUGGCGGGGGCAUGCCGCUGUGAGGAGGGCUGGACCGGCGUGGGGUGCGACCAGCGGGUGUGUAACGCUGUGUGCAUCAAACAUGGAACCUGCAAGGACGGCAAAUGCCAGUGUCACCAGGGCUGGAACGGAGAGCACUGCACCAUCGACUUUGGCGACGUGCUUGAUAAAGAUGGUUGUCCUAACCUGUGUAAUGGGAACGGUCAGUGUACCAUGGGUCAACAGAGUUGGCACUGCGAGUGCCAAACCGGUUGGCGGGGCCCAGGCUGCAGCGUAGCCAUGGAAACAUCCUGCGCCGACAACAAGGACAACGAAGGAGACGGUCUGACAGACUGUAUGGACCCAGACUGCUGCAUCCAGAGCCCGUGUCAGAACAGCCCUCUGUGCCGGGGCUCCCAGGACCCCCUCCAGAUGAUCCAGCAGAACCCGCUGGCCCAGCCCCGGGUCCGCUCCUUCUACGACCGCGUCCGGAUGCUGGUGGGGCGCGACAGCACCCACAUCAUCCCCGGGGAAAACCCCUUCAACUCCAGUCUGGUCUCUCUCAUCAGAGGGCAGGUGUUGACCACAGAUGGCACUCCUCUGGUGGGGGUUAAUGUGUCCUUUGUGAACUACCCCCACUACGGAUACACACUCACACGCCAGGACGGCACGUUCGACCUGGUAGCCAAUGGCGGUGCGUCUCUGACCCUGCGCUUCGAGCGCGCUCCCUUCCUUAGCCAGGAGCGCACGGUGUGGUUGCCGUGGAGCCAGUUCUACGCCAUGGACACGCUGGUUCUGAAGACGGAGGAGAACACCAUCCCAGGCUGCGACCUCAGCGGCUUCCUGAGACCCGACCCCCUGGUGGUGCCCUCCCCUCUCUCCUCCUUCUUCAGCUCCAAGCCUGGGGAGAAGCCCAUCAUACCUGAGACACAGGUUCUCCAUGAGCAGAUCGAGAUCCCAGGCACCAGUCUGAGGCUGUGCCACCUGAGCUCCAGGGCCCAGGGCUACCGCGCCCUGCUCAAGGUGACCAUGACCCCGCCCGUGGUGUCCCUGGGGCUGCUCAAGGUGCACCUGAUGGUGGCCGUGGAGGGCCAGCUGCUCCAGAAGUGGUUCCACGCCUCGCCCAACCUGGCCUACACCUACAUCUGGGACAAGACGGACGCCUACGGACAGAGGGUCUACGGUCUCUCUCAGGCUGUCGUGUCGUUGGGGUAUGAAUACGAGUCGUGUGCCAGCCUGAUCCUGUGGGAGAAGAGGACAGCCGUUCUGCAGGGCUUUGAGCUGGACCCCUCCAACCUGGGGGGCUGGUCCCUGGACAAACACCACAUCCUCAACACGCGCAGUGGUAUCCUCCAUAAGGGCAGUGGGGAGAACAUCUUUGUGUCGGAGCAGCCCCCGGUCAUCAGCAGCGUUAUGGGAAAUGGGCGGCGUCGCAGCAUAUCCUGUCCCAGCUGCAACGGUCUCGCCGACGGCAACAAGCUCCUAGCGCCCGUCGCCCUGGCUACCGGCAUCGACGGCAGCCUCUAUGUUGGCGACCUGAACUUUGUGCGGCGGGUGUACCCGUCCAUGAAUACCACGGGCAUACUGGAACUGAGGAACAAGGAUUUCAGGCACAGCAACAACCCCACCCACAAGUACUUCCUGGCGGUUGACCCGGUGACAGGGGCGUUGUUCAUCUCCGACACCAACUCGCGGCGUAUUUACCGCGUGCGUUCGCUGACGGCCGCUCGUCUGUUGUCGGACAACGCAGAGGUGGUCGCCGGGACGGGCGAGCAGUGCCUGCCCUUCGACGAGCGCUGUGGGGACGGGGGCAAGGCCACCGAGGCCACCCUCAUGAGCCCCAAAGGUAUUGCUGUGGAUAAAAACGGGCUGAUGUACUUUGUUGAUGCCACCAUGAUCCGCAAGGUGGACCAGAACGGCAUCAUCUCCACCCUGCUAGGCGCCAACGACCUCACCGCCGUCAGACCACUCAGCUGUGACGCCAGCAUGGACGUCAGCCAGGUUCGCCUGGAAUGGCCAACAGACCUGGCAGUCAAUCCCAUGGACAACUCUCUCUACGUGCUGGAGAACAACGUCAUCCUGCGCAUCACUGAGAACCACCAGGUGAGCAUCAUCGCGGGGCGGCCCAUGCACUGCCAGGUGCCGGGUAUAGACUACAGCCUCAGCAAGCUGGCGAUCCACGCCGCUCUGGAGAGCGCCACAGCCAUCGCCCUAUCACACACCGGCAUCCUGUACAUCGCCGAGACAGACGAGAAAAAGAUCAACCGUGUCAGACAGGUGAGCACCAAUGGGGAGGUCUCCCCUGCUGGGGGGCGGCCGCCUCCGACUUGCGACUGCAAGAACGACGGUCAACUGCAUUGUUUCUACGGCGACGACGGCUACGCCCCGGACGCGGGCCUCAACUCGCCCGCCUCGCUCGCCGUGUCGCGCCCGACGGCACGCUGUUCGUCGGCCGACCUCAACAACAUCCGCAUCCGGGCCGUGCGGGCCAACCGGCCCGUGCCCUCGCUGUCGGGCACGGUCGCCAGCCCGUCGGGGGGCGGGGCCCCGUACGAGGUGGCGUCGCCGCGGGAACAGGAGCUGUACGUGUUCAGCGGCGAGGGGCUCCACCUGCAGACGGUUAGCCUGGUGACGGGCGAGCCGCUCUACAACUUCACGUACGGCGCGGACGGCGAGCUGGCCUCGGUGGCGGACAGCUGGCAACAACACGGUGCGCGUGAGGAGGGAGGGCCAGGGGGGGGGGCCGGCGGCGGCCUGCUGAGGCUGCUGCUGCUGCCGGAGAACCAGGUGGUGAGCCUGGGGCUGACCCGCCGGGGGGGCUCGGGGGGUCUGAAGAGCGUGACGGCCCAGGGCCAGGAGAGGUGGCGCUGCUGGCCCUACGCUGGGAACUCGGGCCUGCUGGCCACCAAGGCCGACGAGACGGGCUGGACCACCUUCUACCAGUACGACAGCGAGGGCCGCCUGACCAACGUGACCUACCCCACGGGCAUGGUGACCAGCCUGCACCGCGAGAUCGAGCGCUCCAUCAACAUCGACAUCGAGAGCUCCAGCAGGGACGAUGACGUCACCGUCAUCACCAACCUGUCGUCCGUGGAGGCCUCCUACAGCGUGGUGCAAGACCAGGUGAGGAACAGCUACCAGCUGUGUAACAACGGGACCCUGAGGGUGAUGUACGCCAACGGCAUGGGCAUCAGCUUCCACACGGAGCCUCACAUCCUGGCCGGCUCAGUCAGCCCCACCAUCGGGCGCCGCAACAUCACCCUGCCCACCGACAAUGGCCUCAACUCCAUCGAGUGGCGGCUCCGCAAGGAGCAGACCAAGGGCAAGGUCACCGUCUUCGGCAGGAAGCUGAGGGCCCACGGACGCAACCUCCUCUCCAUCGACUUCGACCGCAACACGCGCACGGAGAAGAUCUACGACGACCACCGCAAGUUCACGCUGCGCAUCAUGUACGACGUCCAGGGUCGGCCCGCCAUGUGGUUGCCUAGCAGCAGCCUGGCGGUGGUCAACGUGUCGUACUCGUCCACGGGUCAACUGGUGGGGCUCCAGAGGGGCAGCAUGAGCGAGCGCACCGAGUUUGACCCGCAGGGCCGCAUCCUGUCGCGCUCCUUCGUGGACGGCAAGGUGUGGAGCUACAGCUACCUGGACAAGUCCAUGGUACUGCUCCUGCAGUCCCAGAGGCAGUACAUCUUCGAGUUUGACGCGUCGGGCCGCGUCACGGCCGUCACCAUGCCCAGCGUGGCGCGCCACACCAUGUUCACCCACGUGUCCCUGGGCUACAUCCGCAACACCUACAACCCCCCCGAGAGCAACGCGUCGGUCAUCCACGACUUCAGCGAGGACGGCCGUCCCCAGGCCGUCCACUACCUGGGCACGGGCCGCCGGGUGCUCUACAAGUACGGCAAGCUGGCCAAGCUGGCGGAGAUCCUGUACGACAGCACGGCCGUCACGUUCGGCUACGACGAGACGGCGGGCGUGCUGAAGAUGGUCAACCUGCAGAGCGGGGGCUUCUCCUGCACCAUCCGCUACCGGAAGAUGGGCCCGCUCGUCGACAAGCAGAUCUACCGCUUCAACGAAGAGGGCAUGGUCAACGCCCGGUUCGACUACACCUACCACGAUAACAGCUUCCGCAUCGCCAGCAUGAAACCGGUGAUCAGCGAGACGCCCCUUCCUGUCGACCUUUACCGCUACGACGAGAUCUCUGGCAAGGUGGAGCACUUUGGCAAGUUCGGGGUCAUCUACUACGACAUCAAUCAGAUCAUCACCACGGCGGUCAUGACGCUGAGUAAGCACUUUGACACCCACGGCCGCAUCAAGGAGGUCCAGUACGAGAUCUUCCGCUCGCUCAUGUACUGGAUGACGGUGCAGUACGACAGCAUGGGCCGCGUGGUGAAGAGGGAGCUGAAGAUCGGCCCGUACGCCAACACCACGCAGUACCGCUACGAGUACGACGGGGACGGCCAGCUCAGCGGGGUCAAGGUCAACGAUUGGUCGACCUGGCGCUACAGUUACGACCUCAACGGCAACCUCCACCUGCUCAACCCCGGCAGCAGCGCCCGGCUCAUGCCGCUGCGCUACGACCUGAGGGACCGCAUCACCCGCCUGGGCGACGUCCAGUACCGCCUGGACGAGGACGGCUUCCUGAGCCAGCGAGGGCCCGACGUGUUCGACUACAACUCCAAAGGCCAGCUGCUCCGGGCCUACAGCCGUCUGCCCGGAGGCUGGAGCGUCCAGUACCGCUACGACGGGCUGGGCCGCAGGGUGUCCACCCGGAACAGCCUGGGGCAGCACCUGCAGUUCUUCUACGCCAACCUGAACCACCCGGCCAGGGUCACUCACAUCUUCAACCACUCCAGCUCCGACAUCGCUUCACUCUACUACGACCUGCAGGGUCACCUGUUUGCUAUGGAGGUGAGCAGUGGAGAGGAGUACUACAUCGCUUCUGACAACACAGGCACACCGCUGGCCGUCUUCAGCAGCAACGGGCAGAUGAUCAAGCAGGUGCAGUACACAGCCUAUGGGGAGGUCUACCUGGACUCUAACCCGGAGUUCCAGCUGGUGGUGGGCUUCCACGGCGGCCUGUACGACCCACUCACCAAGCUGGUCCACUUCACCCAGCGGGACUACGACGUGCUGGCAGGCCGCUGGACCUCGCCCGACUACGCCAUCUGGCCCAAGAUCGGCAAGGACCCGGCGCCUUUCAACCUGUACAUGUUCAAGAACAACAACCCGCUCAGCGACAUGCUGGAUGUGAAAAAUUAUGUGACAGAUGUGAAGAGCUGGCUGGUGAUGUUCGGUUUCCAGCUCAGCAACAUCAUCCCAGGCUUCCCCCGCCACUCUCUCUACUUCGUAGACCCGCCGUAUGAACUGCAGGCCAGCCAGGAUUGUGAGAACGGACAGCUGAUCACAGGGGUGCAGCAGGCCGCCGAGCGCCACAACCAGGCCUUCAUGGCGCUGGAGGGACGCCUGCUCAACAAGGAGCGCCGGGGCAGCAGGGACAAGCUGGGCCACUGGUUCGGCACCAGCACCCCCAUCAUCGGCCGGGGCAUGAUGCUGGCCCUGAAGGAGGGCCGCGUGGUGGCCGGCGUGUCGGCCAUGGCCAGCGAGGACAGCCGCAAGGUGGCCCUGGUCCUCAACAGUGCCCUCUACCUGGACGGCACGCACUACACGCAGGACGGGAGGGACUGUCACUUCUUCGUCAAGGUGGGCGCCGCCGACGGCGACCUGCUGGCGCUGGGCCUGACCAACGGGCGCAAGGCGCUGGAGGGCGGCAUCAACGUGACGGUGAGCGGGCGCUCCCGGAGGGGCGCCACGGUGGAGUUUGCGGUGCCGUCGCUGGCGCUCACGGUGCGCUACGGCCUCGCCCCGGACGUGGCGGACGAGGAGAAGGUGCGCCUGCUGGAGCUGGCGAGGCAGAGGGCGCUGGCGGGCGCCUGGGCCCGGGAACAGCAGCGGGCGCGGGACGGCAAGGAGGGCGGCCGGCUGUGGACGGAGGGGGAGAAGCAACAGCUGUUGACCACGGGGAGGGUCCAGAGCUACGACGGCUACUACGUCCUGCCUGUGGAGCAGUACCCCGAACUGGCCGACAGCAGCUCCAACAUCCAGUUCCUGAGACAGAACGAGAUGGGCAAGAGGUAACAGCCCUGCUGGACUUAGUAUGUGGGACUGGCACUCCACAUCGGCUUCUUUCCUUGUCUCCUUCCCGUCGCUUCUCCCCUACUCCUCUUUCUCCCUCUGCCCUCCCUGAUUCCUCAAGCCUCUCUCUUCUCCCUGAUGUCGCAGAGAACACACCAACAAACGGGGUUACUCACUGAACACUGCAGGGACUUUUGAAAAGAAGAACUUAUCAGAGACAAGUCUUUAUCGUUCAUUUAACUGCCACAGGCAAAAAAGCAAGUGUUUAUUUGAGCGUUUCUUUGUAGAAAACAGACUUUGAAGAAAUGGAAAAGAAGCACUGACCAACUUUGAAGAGGUAAAUUGUUGCUUAAUGAAUAAGAAGAUUCCCCUUUUUAAAAAAGAUAUUGAUAUUUUCACCCAUAUUUUUUGGGUCCCAUUGUGGGUGUGCGAUGACAGACUGAACCAGGGCAGAGUUGUGUUGUCCUGGCUUCUCCCCUGGGGCCUGUCUCCCAAAUGAACUGGAGGCAAAAGGGACCAAUAAGGAGGCAGAGCCACCAGAGUAUAUCCCAUCACAACACUGGAUCAAAGGAGAACAUCAACGACGACAAGCACUGGAAACGUCAGUUGUGAAAUGCUGUAAACGUCGAGUCAUCUCACUGUCUCAGGCCUCCCAUUCUCCACCACAGAAACGUCCUUGGCUCCAGCAGUAUAUAUUAACUAUCAACACUAAACUAACGGCAUCCUUAAAUAUGUUAAAGGUUAUCGACUUAGAUAAAACACUUUCUUAAAAAAAAAACACAAAGUGGAAAAAUCAAUGGCUAUAUCACACUCGGUUGUUUUUAUUUGAAAAGGAGGAGAGGAAA